AUGGAAGCGCUCGUGAAAGGAUUUCCAUUAUUUGAAGAGCUUCAAAGACAACCAAUACAAUCAGGGUUCAAGCUACCACAGCUUCCAGUGUAUUCGAGGAAUGAAGACCCCGAGAGGCAUCUGCAACACUUCGUCGCGAUGGCUGUACUACAUGGGUGGAACGAGGUCACCAGAUGCAAGGCUUUCCCUCUCUCACUGGAAGGACAGGCUCAACAGUGGUUCACUGAGUUACCUGCCGGGUAUAUUCAAUCAUUUGAACAGUUGAAGAAAGAAUUUUUGGAGGCAUUCUCUACUUACGUCCCGAAGAAAAAGAGUGCCAUGUACGUGAUGAGCUUGCAACAGAAGCUAAACGAGUCACUGAAACAAUACAUUGAGAGGUUUAGGGCUGCAACACAAGAAGUAAGAGACCUCCCAGUAGGCCUGGCCGCAUCCGCCUUGCUUAAUGGCACUACCUACGCCCCGCUCAGAAGAUCCCUAGCCAAAAUAGAACCGAGCUCAAUGACUGAAUUGUUUGCCCGAGCUGAACAAUUUAUUGUCCAAAUGGAAAUUUUGGAAGCAUGGGAAGGUAAAAGAAGAGGAAGGUUGAGCGACGUUGGGUCAGACAGAUCAGUGAAGAUACAGAGAAAAGAAGAACCCCUGAAGAUUCCAUUCUGGAGCUUCACACCCCUUACUGAGCCAAGGGCCGCCGUCAUUUCCUCCAUUGCACAUACUGGACUUAUCAAUUUUUUGCCGCACAUCAACCAGCCAAUGGGUAGGAACAUGGACUCCUUUUGCAAAUUUCACGAGUCCCCGGGACAUACCAUAGAACAGUGCCGAGAACUAUGA